CAUUUAGAUUGUCAAACUUAACGACUCAGAAUGAAUAUGAUUUCUUGCCAAAAGGAAAUAAACGGAAAGAUUCACUUGGAGUGUGCUCUUCACGUGACUACAGUCUCCACAUUCCCAAAAGACAAACUCACUUUAACAGAACGUGAUAUGUCACCGUUGUGUUUUUUGAAAACUUAUCUUGUUUUUACUAUAGGACAAAGAAAGACUGCCUUUCGAAAAUGUUUUCUUCACGUGCAGAAAAGAAAAAAGAAGUUUGGAAGCAUCCAUAACUAUCAUAAAGAUAGAACCAAAUACUAUUUUUCUUGUCCUUUUCGGAAUGUAACGCAAAUGAAACUGAAAUCAAGAGGAUUGUUUGAACAGAAAAGGACUCUCAUUUCUGUCUUAGCGUGCUUCCUUACCGGUAUCUAUUCUGCUCCUUUCUCUUUACUGUUGUUUGGUAUUCCUGCUACAACAGUUGGUGCCCCUACAAACCUCGUUGGACUGUUUUCUGUUAUCAUUUCCGCUUUUAUUGAGUUACUUUUUGGUAGAAAUUGGACAGGGACACAAAUUUUUGUAUAUUUCUGUUUUAUUUGUUGUGUGCUAUGGGAUGGGUAUGAUGAUAUCAAACCCGACAGUACAAAGGAAAGUAUAGAACCUAUGAUGGGUAUUGAACGAGCAAGUGAAUCUGAAGAAAACACAGACAACGAAGAAAUACUAGAAACACUGUCAUCCUUGCACUCGUGGGAUGAAAAAUUUCUGAAGACUAUGCAAAGUGAAGGAAACGGAGAGUCAAUCGACAUUUCGAAAGGAGAUGAUAAAGGAGGUUGAUAUUAUAGUUUUUAUUUUGACAAUGAUAUUGAAAGUUUUCAGCGAGAUAUAUCGUUAAUGGAACACCAAUUGUUAUACUUGAUGACAUAACUGUGAAAUGUACCAUAAUUGAAUUCUAAUAGGAUUCUUGUAACUGUAUUUAGUAGUUGUGU